AUGUUUUAUGAAAGUUUUCAAGCAGCUAAAGACUUCUGGUUGCAAUGGCGUUCGUCACGUGUAUUGAUUCUACUAAUUGUAUUCAUCGCGUUAUUCCUGGACAAUAUGCUCUUAACAACUGUUGUUCCUAUCGUACCUGAUUACCUUUACCGUCUCCAUCAAUCAACGGUGAAAAGUCAAGAUGAUACAUACAGAUUCUUAGCAAGAAAUUGUACGAAUAACGAAUUGAUGAAACGUCGGGAUUAUUUCGCUCGACAUCCUGUUGACCUUCGAAUUAUCCUUCGGACCUACUGUAACUGGACAGUCGAUUGGGCAAUUAACAAAACGGACACAGAAAAUAAACAACGAACCGUGAUCUUGGAAAAAGAAAAUGAAUGGGUUGGAAUCAUGUUUGCAUCAAAAGCUUUUGUACAAUUACUAACAAAUCCGUUUGUUGGACCAUUAACGAAUCGAAUUGGCUACAGUGUACCGAUGUUUGUUGGGUUUGUCAUUAUGAUUGUAUCAACUCUAAUUUUUGCGUCGAGUAAAAGCUACACUCUUCUGUUCAUUGCUCGAGCUAUCCAAGGAGUUGGAUCUGCUUGUUCGAGUGUAUCGGGUCUCGGAAUGUUAGCUGAUCGAUAUCCGGAGGAUGUUGAACGAGGAAAGGCCAUGGGUACUGCUCUAGGUGGUUUAGCACUCGGUGUGUUGAUUGGACCACCGUUCGGCGGAUUUAUGUAUGAAUAUAUUGGCAAAGCAUCUCCAUUCUUGGUUUUAGCCACGUUAGGAUUAGUUGACGGACUAUUGCAAUUGGCGGUCUUAAAACCGGGCGUCGCCAGCGAACCUAUUGAAGGUCCUUCAUUCAAAACGCUGAUUAAAGAUCCGUACAUACUUAUUGUGGCCGGGGCAAUCUCUUUCGGCAACAUUGGUAUCGCGAUGAUGGAGCCUUCGUUACCUAUCUGGAUGAUGUCAACGAUGAAAGCAUCUGAAUUUCAGCAAGGAGCUGCGUUUCUACCGGCAUCAAUCUCUUAUUUAAUCGGUACAAAUCUUUUCGGUCCAAUGGCUCAUAAAAUCGGCCGAUGGCUUUGUUGUAUGAUCGGUCUGAUACUUAUCGCCAUUGCUCUAAUUGGCGUACCUAUGGCAACCAGCAUCUACGGUUUAAUUAUUCCAAAUGGUUUACUUGGAUUUGCUGUCGGCAUGGUUGACUCGUCGAUGAUGCCAGCAAUGGGCUAUCUUGUGGAUAUACGUCAUGCAUCCGUUUACGGAAGCGUUUAUGCAAUUGCUGAUGUUGCAUUUUGUCUCGGUUAUACAAUUGGUCCAGCUCUAAGUGGAUUUGUUGUUCAUGCGUUUGGCUUUCCUGUAAUGCUCUACACAAUAUCCUUCCUUUGUUUGUGUUAUGCACCGUUGUUGAUUCUACUGCGAAAUCCACCAGCUCGAACAGAACGAAUGUCAUUGAUUACUAAUGAAAAUCAUAACUCAUUUCAAUAUACGCGUAGUAAAUCCCUUGAUAAUGAUUAUAAUUUAGAUUAG